UGUGCCGUGCAGGUGAAGCUGGAGCUGGGGCACCGCGCCCAGGUGAGGAAGAAACCCACAGUGGAGGGCUUCACCCACGACUGGAUGGUGUUCGUGCGCGGCCCGGAGCACAGUAACAUUCAGCACUUUGUGGAGAAAGUCGUCUUCCACUUGCACGAAAGCUUCCCUAGGCCAAAAAGAGUGUGCAAAGAUCCACCUUACAAAGUAGAAGAGUCUGGGUAUGCUGGUUUCAUAUUGCCAAUUGAGGUUUAUUUUAAAAACAAGGAAGAACCUAAGAAAGUCCGCUUUGAUUAUGACUUAUUCCUGCAUCUUGAAGGCCACCCACCAGUGAAUCACCUCCGCUGUGAGAAGCUAACUUUCAAUAACCCCACAGAGGAUUUUAGAAGAAAGUUGCUGAAGGCAGGAGGGGUAAGUGACACUCUGUUGUUUAAAAAAAAAAAAAAAAUCUUUCCUAUUAAAAAUACUGGUUGCUACAGCAGCAGCAGCAGCAGCAGCAGCAGCAGCAGCAGCAGCAGUACCAGUUUUUCAAAGCCUCACAAAUUAAUGAAGGAGCACAAGGAAAAACCUUCUAAAGACUCCAGAGAACAUAAAAGUGCCUUCAAAGAACCUUCCAGGGAUCACAACAAAUCUUCCAAAGACUCCUCCUCCAAGAAACCCAAAGAAAACAAACCACUGAAAGAAGAAAAAAUAGUUCCUAAGAUGGCCUUCAAGGAACCUAAACCCAUGUCAAAAGAGCCAAAAGCAGACAGUAACUUACUCACCAUCACCAGUGGACAGCAGGAUAAGAAGGCUCCCAGUAAAAGGCCCCCCGUUUCUGACUCUGAAGAACUCUCAGCCAAAAAAAGGAAAAAGAGUAGUUCAGAGGCUUUAUUUAAAAGUUUUUCUAGUGCGCCACCGCUGAUACUCACUUGUUCUGCUGACAAAAAACAGAUAAAAGAUAAAUCUCAUGUCAAGAUGGGAAAGGUCAAAAUUGAGAGUGAGACAUCAGAGAAGAAGAAGUCGACGUUGCCACCGUUUGAUGAUAUCGUGGAUCCCAACGAUUCAGACGUGGAGGAGAAUAUGUCCUCCAAAUCCGACUCAGAGCAACCGAGUCCUGCCAGCUCCAGCUCCAGCUCCAGCUCCAGCUUCACACCAUCCCAGACCAGGCAACAAGGUCCUUUAAGGUCUAUCAUGAAAGAUCUGCAUUCUGAUGACAAUGAGGAGGAGUCUGAUGAGGCAGAGGAUAAUGACAAUGACUCUGAGAUGGAAAGACCUGUAAAUAGAGGUGGAAGUCGAAGUCGCAGGGUCAGCUUGAGUGACGGCAGUGACAGUGAAAGCAGCUCUGCCUCUUCACCUCUCCAUCAUGAACCCCCACCGCCAUUAUUGAAAACUAACAACAACCAGAUUCUUGAAGUGAAAAGUCCAAUAAAGCAAAGCAAAUCAGAUAAGCAGAUAAAGAAUGGUGAAUGUGACAAGGCAUACCUAGAUGAGUUGGUAGAACUCCACAGAAGGUUAAUGACACUGAGGGAAAGACACAUUCUGCAGCAGAUCGUGAACCUUAUAGAAGAAACUGGACACUUUCAUAUUACAAAUACCACAUUUGAUUUUGAUCUUUGCUCGCUGGACAAAACUACAGUGCGUAAAUUACAGAGUUACCUGGAAACAUCUGGAACAUCCUGAGGAUACAACAACUGGAUACAUCAAAAACUAUUUUUUUUUUUGGUUGUGAUUUUUUUGUUGUUGUUGUUGUUUAUAUGAAAACAUUCAGAAUGAUACAACCAAAAGGGAAAAAAAUAAAAAUCAAACAACCUUCAGCUUUAUUUUUCUUUAAAGCCAGUCAUCAUCUCUUGAUAAAGGAGAGGUUACGCAAACCAGCCUCAGAGGACACGCCUCUCCAAGGAAAUCCCAGGAAGAGUUAGCCUGGCUAGCCUUGAAAACACGCAGACGCAACACAAGCAAACCUAAAGAAUGUGUAUGGUACCAUGGAUCUUUCUGUGGUGGUUCAUUCCACAGGACGAAUGCAUAUUCAACACACUGCCUUAUUACAUAACUGAUCUAUUUAUUACCACAUACAAAUAAAAAUUGUGAGGGAAUGACACCACCAGACAUUAUAAGUACUUGGUCCCGUGGAUGCUCUUUCAAUGCAGCGCCCUUGCCGUCCCAAGCCCAGUGACCUUACUUGUAUACCGUGCCACUUUCCACCAACUUUUUCCAAGUCCUUUAACUUGUUGCAGUCUAUGUUUUUCCACCUUUGUUUUUCCAGUUCCAGGACACAGUUAUCAACUGGGGGGGACCAAAUAGCCACCUUGAUUUUCUUCCUUGUGGUCUUUUUCCUAAAAGUUGAGGCCCAGUCCUUGGCUGUAUCCAUGUAAUGAUCUUGGACAUGGUAGAUGUACCAAAUAGGAUCAUUUGAAUUGCUGUCUAGCCUUAGUCAAUAAACCUGUAGGACUUCUAACAAAAGUGUACCUGUAAUGUCCACAGUCCAGCACUGUUGAGCUGUUACCAACACUCUUACAUCUAUUUUACUGUUGCAAUAUUAGGUGAAUAUGAAAGUAAAGGCAUUCCACAGAGUCAUCAUUUUAUGAGGAA